AGACAGAUCAAGGCGAAGCUCGCGAUUGGACGCGGGCACAGGCAGAAAGGGCUCCGGCAUGAUCACGGUCAAAAUGACAGGUUCUCCCGUGGCCAGCGCGACACCUAGCCCAACUCCCGGAGUUAAGCCUGAAGUUCGCAGGUCGAGUAUAUCACAGAGUCACCAGAGGACGCCUCCUGCUCCUCCGCCACCUCCACCUAAACCCUCCAAAUCCAGCACAUUAUAUCAGGGCUUGAAGUCCGGCAGUGAUGCGAGCAGAGUCUACAAGACCGAGGAAAGCGGUGAUUUAUACGCACUUCCGGAUCGGCGUGCCAAAACCCCGAAGGCCACUUUCGUGCCC